GAAUUCAGUUGGUUUGAGUUGUUUCCAACAGUUUUUUGUUGAGUGAAAAUCAUUUUUGUGCAAAAUAGUGUCUAUUCUAGCCCGAAAUGGACGAAAUAACCCAGUUCAAACUGUGGGCCUCCAAGCUGGGCUGCCCGUUGGACAAAAUUCCGGCCGAUGAAACGCUCAAAAAAUACAUCCGCGGCAAGCAGAGUGUCGUGUUCCGGCACAUUAUGGACCAGGUCCGGCCGCGGCAGGAGAUCGUGCACAUGCGGAACAACGUUCUCGUGGCCAAGCUGCAGCAGUUCCAGGAGCUGGGAGGAGUGCUGGCGAAAUCGAAAUUGAAUCAAAUGCCUGAAGAAUUGCAGCGGUUUCAAAAAGUCAGAAAGUUGGAUGCAAAAAUUGCGGAAACUAAACAGCGAAUUCAUAAUUCGAAGAAUGUGCUUGAGUCGGUUACGGGCAAAAUAAGAGAAAAGAAUGUUCAAAAGGUCCAGACAAAUGAAAAGCUGCAUGAGAUGAACGACAAGCUGGCCUAUUAUCGAGCAAUCGAAGGCUUUCUAACGAAACAGUCCGAGAAGGAGGUAGAAAUCAAGCAAACAAUAGAGCAGUUGAUGCCAGCCCGGAUGGUCGAAUCGUCCAAAACCAAGGCCAACGCUGUAGAUGCGAUCCAGUUGUGCUUGAAGGCAUUGGAGGAGUUUUAUGCAAAGUUCAGCGAACUCAAGCAAGAAGGUAGCAAACAGGCCCAGCAGGUUCUAUGGGCUACGAUGAGAUCGGCCGUCAAGGGAAUCCCAAACUAUCUUCUGUGGAGUGUUCUCAUGGAGAUUAAGGAGAAACAGCUGGCUGAAAUAUCCGAGGCGGAUCGCAAGCAGAACGAGCUGGAGAAGAAUGGAACGUUGUCCGAUCACGACAUGCUACAGGUCAACAUUGCCAAGCUAUGCGGGUCGCACAUCAAUCAGUUUGUCGAUUUGGUGGCGAUGAAGAAAUCCGUUCAAGCCAUGAAGGAUGACUAUCUGGCCAAGUACACACCAUUUGCGCAGAUGCUGGAGACCAAAAUGAACCUGUUGAAUGUGAUGGACGACGAGUCGGAUGACGUACUGGAGGAUUACAUGCUGCAGUCGACCUCGAAGGACUUCAACCAGGGUCAGUUGGAUUUUAUGCUUAAGGAAAUCGAACGCAAGAAGCAAGAAAUCAAAAUACAAACUCAAAGGCUCGACAACCACGAGCAGUUGUUGGCUCAACUGAGAGAGAUUUACAGCGAAAUUGAUUCGUACUCCGAGCGCAUGCAGGACGACAUCCAGCAGCUGAACCAAAUCAAAGAGAAGAUUUCCUAUUUCAAGCGCUUCAGCCGUUACACCGUUCACAACAUGCGUCAAAAGACAAACCCCAACCAGACGAUGAAUCUCAGCGAGCAAUCAAUGAACAUGACUCGCAUCGAAAACAGCACCACAACCACAAACGGUCCCGUCUACUCCCCGCAGCCCUUCCCCUACGCCAACGAACUAACCCUCCUCGCCCAAACUCCCUUCCUCAAGUUCAACAAAUCCUCCAAAAUGCCAAUCUUCUCCCUCGAAACGCACAUCUGCCUGUCGUCCUCCUCCGCCGAACCCAACUCGAUCCUGUCUCUCCUCCCAGGCUGCUUCUCGUCCGCCGAACAGUCCCUGCGCGAAGCGCGCAACCUCCAAAAGUUCGACGACCACAUCAAAUCGUUCGCCAGCGACACCAAGCCGGAACUGGACACGGCGUCCGUCGACGGGGACCUGUACCGCCGGCUGUGGGCGGCAAAUCACGAGCGGAUCUGCGAACAGCUGGACGAAAUCGAUGCCAUCUCGGGCAACACGAGACAAAUCAUUGAGAAGAGUCGCGUUUACUACGAUUUUGUGCUGGCAAAUCCGCUGCGGAAGUACGUUCCGCCGAAGAAGCUGUUCAAUGGGCGCAAUUAUCGCGAGUAUGAGAGUGAAUAUUUGAUGUACUAUCGGAUGAUCAAUGGGACGAUGGGGGGAAAGUGAGUGUGAUUAAAAAUAAGAUAUUUUAGCAUAAGAGCAGAAAUAAAUGUAUUCAGUAUUCAACCCGAA